UUAGGCGUCCGUUUGUUUUCUUGGUUUGAAAAUACGAAAUACGCAUUUUAAAUUAUUUAAAAACUAUUCCUUGAAAGAAAUAUACCACAAUGGAGAAUUCUGAUAAUGAAAAUGAAGCACAUCAAUCCUUUCGAUCACCACCUCGUCGAAGGCGUUCCACUUUUUUCGAAAGAAGAGAUUCUGUAGCACCGCAACCCUUGACAGAAAAUAUAGAUAAUGUGUGUAAACAGAAUAUAGUUGAUAAUCAAAAACACAGUGACGAACUCUCGAGGUAUUAUAACAAACUUUUAUCAGAGAAGGAGCAGUGGAAAAAAGAAGUUACCAGCAGACAGAAUAAAUACCAUGAUCUGAAGCAUCAAUAUAAAAUGGCACAAACAUCAUCAAGCAGAUCAAGACUGUCCUAUGCCGCAUUAUCAAAUGAAGAUAUUGAGUUUUUAAAUGCAAAACCGAACACUGCUCAUCUAAUUGAAUGUCAACAAAAACUUCAUAAGUCUGUGAAAGAAACAAGGGCAUUAUUUAAAAGGGUUAACGAACUUGAUGAUGUAUUAUUAAGCUACAGUGAAGAAAAAGUUAAUAAAAUCACCCAAUUUAUUUUAGAGAACAGUAGUGUUGAUCCUAUGUAAAUUUACUCAUACCAAUAUUGCUGUGCCAUAAUUUAAUCAGAUUCAUAAUUGUGUCAUUCUUGAUUAGUACUGCACACUUUUUUGUUUGGUACCUUGUCUUGAUAGCAUAAUUAUUAUAAUUAAUGGUAUUGUCAUUAAUUUUGUAAAUAAUAAUAGGGUAAGGACCAUUUUCACCUCACAUCCAAGGCCUUUUAUUUAUUUAUUUUAAAUGAUUGUAUGGAAAAUAAUGUCAUAGAUCAUAGACUUACAUUUACAAAUUAUAUAUAUUUUGUUUUGCAAAGUAACAAGGAGUGUCAACCUUGAAGUGAAGUUAUAAAUUUGUACUUCAAUUUAUAAUUGGAUAACAGUUCAUAAUUCCUAUUAUGAAUCUUGUAUUUAAUUUAAUUUUUUACAUCACAAUUAUUCAGCCUAAGAAUAGGCAUAUUACUUUACAGCCACAAUUACUAAGUAAUACAAAAUAUGUAAUAUAGGAAAUAAUGGGGAAUAUUAUUUUAGGAAAUGGCUCUAAUAUAGGAAUAUAUGUAAUUAUAUUCAAUAUUUUAUAUAACAUAUUGUUAAGACCAGUGUAAUUUCUUGUAAAUAAAUAUU